AUGAAGAUUCCUCACUUGUAUCCCUGGGUUAUUGCUGCCUUGGUAUCCUCGGUAUUUUCGUCUGUGCCACUUUCUAGCAUUGACAAAAAUUCAACUCUGGGUCGCUAUGUUCCUAACGAAUACGUCAUCGAGAUAGCUGAUUUUCAAAACCUUCGACGGAGGACUCUAGGAUCGCUUCAUCAAGAUGUGUAUAGAGAAAUGCGUACAAGGGGUGUUAAUGUUGACGUGAAGAAGGAGUAUGAUGUACCAGGCAUUUUCACUGGGGCAUCAAUGACACUUUCGACACCAGAAGAUGUCGCUCGUGUGAAUGGGAUUCCUGGCGUUCAGGCGAUCAGACCAGUGAUGAAGAUUCCGCCGCCCGAACCCAUUGACAUGUUCAUAGUCGACGAUCCAAACGAUCCUCGUCUUCCUGAUUCGCUGAGCACCCACGUAAUGACGGGGGUCGAUAAGCUUCACGAGGAGGGUUUGUCUGGAAAAGGCAUCAAGAUUGGAAUCAUUGAUACAGGUGUUGAUUACACACAUCCUGCUCUCGGAGGCGCUAUAGGUCCCGGACACAAGAUUAUCGGAGGGUAUGACUUUGUUGGAGAUGCGUACAAUGGAGCAAAUACCCCACAACCUGACAAUGAUCCUCUCGACCAAUGCGCUGGCCAUGGAACCCACGUAGCUGGAAUCAUUGGUGCGAAUCCGAACAAUCCCUUUGGCAUCGUCGGAGUCGCAAACGGUGCAUCUCUCGCUGCUUAUCGCAUCUUCGGAUGCACAGGUAGUACAACCGACGACGUGAUCAUCGAUGCGCUCCUCCAGGGAUACAAAGACAAGAUGGACAUCUUGACACUAUCCCUUGGUGGUGUUGAUGGAUGGACUGAAGGCACGGGCUCAGUGGUAGCGAGUCGAAUUGCUGAAACUGGUAUAGUCGUGACCACUGCUGCGGGGAAUGACGGCGCCUAUGGAUCGUGGUACACAUCCAGUCCGGGAAAUGGCAUUAGCGUCAUCUCAGUGGCUAGUGUUGACAAUACUGUCAUUCCGAUUCAAAACGUCACAGUCAAAGGUGUUGACCAUAACCCAAUUCCUUACCUUGAGGCCGUCCCAUUUAAUGUCACGGGUGAUCUACCGAUCUAUGCGACUUCGACGAAUACUUCCAUCACGGACGAUGCUUGCAAUCCUCUUCCUUCAAACACGCCUGAUUUGUCUGGAUACGUGGUUAUCUUACAUAGAGGUACAUGCGCCUUCACCCAGAAACUUGCCAAUGCAGCGGCGAAAGGUGGAAAGAUCUUCCUGAUAUAUAAUUUUGAUACAGGCGCCUGGGAUUCUAUCGCAGUCGGUAAUUAUACCGCUGCCCUCAUCUCUGCAGAAGACGGAAAAUAUCUUGUGGAACAAUUCGCCGCCAAUGCUCCUAUCGCGUUAAACUUUCCUCAAACUGGAGGUCAAUACAACUUUCCCAACACUCAUGGAGGACUCGUGAGCAGUUUUUCCUCCUACGGACCUACGUUCGACAUGUACUUCAAACCAGCUGUUGCUGCUCCCGGUGGCAAUAUCCUCUCCACCAUUCCAGUGUCUCUAGGCUCCUAUGCUGUGGAAUCGGGCACUUCAAUGGCGACACCUUUCACUGCUGGGGCUGCUGCGCUUAUCCUUUGGUCCAGAGGAAGAAGCGCCGAGGUUGGUCUGGCGGUCAGAGACUUACUGCAAACCACUGCGUCUCCGAUUCUGUCGGAAAACACAGAGGGUUCUCUAUUGCAAACGGCCACUCAGCAAGGAGCUGGACUCAUUCAGGUGAAUCGCGCUGUGCAUACAACCACGAGAGUGACGCCAGGACAACUCUUGUUGAACGACACGGCAAACUUCCGGUCAUCCCAAACCAUUACUAUCACUAAUUCAGGACGGGAGAAGGUCAGAUACCAAUUAGAACAUGUCGCUGCUGGUACCGCCAUGACCAUUCGAGACGCCUCCAUCUUUGCUUCUUUGGGACCUGUACCCCUUACCAAUGCCACUGCAAGAGUCAGGAUCCGCCCGAAAUGCCUCGUCGUCGGUCCUGGUGAAUCGAAAAAUGUUUCGAUAUCAUUCACGGCACCUACAGUCGACACGUCCUCGCUCCCCGUCUUUUCUGGUUUCAUCAACAUCGUUGGUGCCAAUGAGACGCUACACGUCACUUAUUUGGGUGCUGCUGCAGCUUUGAAAGACCGGACUAUCAUCGAUGAUACAGAUUCGUAUUUUGGUGUUACUCUUCCGGUCAUACUCGGUGGGGCGGGGAAUGUACAGACGGACCCGACGAACUACACGUUGGUGGGGGGUGAUAUCCCUACGGCGGUGUUCAGGAUGGCGUUUGGGUCUCCUGCUCUUUCGUUUGACCUGGUUGACAAGGAUACGACUGUCGAAAAUCCGAUUCCAAGACGAGGUCUUCUAUUAUUCAGCGGUUUGUUCGAACCUGCAGAGAAGACAUUUCAGACUAUUGGUUCGCUAGCAGAGGUGGCUUAUGUACCGAGGAAUUCUGAUGCUAGCGAUGCCGCAGAUAACGGAUACAGCGCAUUAUCGAUUCUUGGAACCUUUGCGAAUAAUUCGCAGAUUCCUAAUGGGCAGUACCGUGUUCUGAUGAGGGCGCUAAGAGUGGCUGGUGACCCGUCGAAUGAGAGGGAUUAUGAGAGCUGGCUAAGUCCAAUUAUUGGUAUCGAUGCUACGAGUCCGUAG